GCCUGAACGGGGCUUGCAGUCCUUCCGCUGAUGUCGUUCACGCCAUCGCGCGACGCUAUUCGCCGCGACAGGCGCCCCAUUCACCUUGUUUUAGUGGGCGAAGACGGUUAAAAUGACUAUAGGCAUGCGUGCCGCCAACGGUCGAGGUCCUCAUAGGCCGGAGAUUGAAUAGGGGAGCCACCUCGGCAGCGAUCAUGGUGCGAAGGCACUCAGAGUAGCGUCAAAGGCUUACUCUGAGUUCAAAGGCGUUGAGCGAGUGGCCACCUCCACAGCGCCUCUUUAAUUCUCCUUCUGUCCCGUCCCUCACAACCAUUCCGCCUUGCUCACCUCUUCCGGAAACACAGCUCGUCAGCCGCAUUCGCGAACUCUUUGUGCCAGUUUCUCAGUCGUUACAGCACCACCACUGGAACCAACACCGUCUUACCUCUACCCAACGCGUUCAAAAUGUGGUCACUACUCCUUCUCGCCAUCGCAACGGUGGCUAGUGUCGCCCUCGCACAGAACUCUAGCACGCCAACCGUAACCAUGUUCCUGCCAAUGGCACACGGCUCGAACGUCGCAGCUUCAAUUCUCACAAGCGCCGCCUCCUCCACAGUAUACGCCAUAGGUUGUUUACAAUCAAACAAUGCCUGCGCCGCAGGCUGCACAUUCAGCGAGUCCGUGACAGUGACCGGAGGCCCAAGCAUGCUACGAUAUGUAUGGACCGAUGGCGACAGGGCAGUCACCUCUGGCACGAACGGCUCCCUCAUACACCCGGUGACGACGGUCAGCUGUAAUCUCAUUGGCGGCACGAGAGCAACACAGGCCGUCUGCACCGGCUAUACCAUGCCUAACGGUGCACGCAACGCCUCGCAAGUCACCACUUUGUCGAGCAGUCAGCUCAACUACGUUCCGGUCAUGGUCACAGGACAACAAGCCGCGAUCGUUGCGUCAGGGUCAGCCUCAAGCUCAGGCUCUCGCACCGCCUCCGGCUCUGGCUCUUCAGCGUCAGCGUCAGCAUCUCGUAGCGGUGCCGCUGCAUCUGCAAGCGCCUCUGGCGGUGCCGGUGCCAUCGCUGCACCACUUGCUGGCGCCGCCGCCGUGGCUGCUGGCUUAGGAGCAAUUGCAUUCUUAUGAUGAGCCAUGGGCUUGGCGUUUGGGUCACGGCACGGCUGGUCAGCAUUGUACACACAUGUCACGCAUGUGGUGGCGUUUUCUCCUGCAUCAUUUGCGCGGAUACCCACCAUCCACCUGUCCUGCGUUUCGAGCGCUGGAUUGUUAGGCCCUUGUAUACACGGGCUUGAGGCGCCGCCUCGUCCAGCACGACCAGCACGGCCAGCAUCUUCCCGGCGGCGACACGCUUUUGACAUGCUCUUUCAAUUACUGUAACGCGUCCUUUUCAAUCUCCUUCGAGGUGAGACGUCGCAUCGUAGGCGACUAUCUUGGUGGGCAUUCUUGCAACCCUGGGACAUCUAGGUGCC